CAGUUUCCUCUGCCAUACCAAACCACUGUUUCUAUCUUAAGAUCACACGACAAAUUAAUAUGUAUUUCUUUUGAUCCUUUAUGUGUAUGCGUACAUAAUAUAUAUCACCCCGAAAGAAAGCAAGCUAAGGAAUACUCCAAGCUAGCAGGAGGACUUUUGUUUUGAUGGAGGAAAGCCCGCAUCGAGUUUCACGUAGAAACAAUGGCGGGACCCACUGUCAGAACGACGGCGUACGUCACCACAUUCACGGCGACGAAGAAGUCAAAUGCUCCGGCAAGAGAUGCAGGUCGUGGGCAGCUGCGGCGAUUGCUGACUGUGUAGCGCUUUGUUGCUGUCCAUGCGCGAUCAUCAACUUGCUUACCCUCACUUUCGUCAAGGUCCCGUGGAUGAUCGGACGGCGAUGUCUCGGACGGAGCCGGAACAAGAAGAAGAAGAAGCGGAAGCUGCUGCACAUGAGACAAGGCCGCGGGAAAAUCAACGGUGAAGAUGAGUUUAACGAUCAUCGCCUCGAGUUUGAGGGAGAUGAGAAAUGCGGCGGUGGCGUGGGAGUGGGGUGCUGUGGCGGCGGAGAUUAUGAUGAUCACCGGUUUGUGGUGGAGAGAGAUGGGAGUUUAACCAAGGAGGAGGACAAAACGACGACGUCGAGUAGCAAAGGAGAUGAUGAGUCGAGAAUAAGUGCAAGAGUUGAAGCCGAGAGAGUGUGGUUAGAGUUGUAUCAGAUUGGUCAUCUUGGAUUUGGUAGAGUCUCCUUCACUGGGAUCCAAUGAUUUGAUCAAAAAGUCAAAACGUUGUAGGAAUCUUUUAGUUCAAUAUUUUAGAAAAUUUCGGAGGACAUAUAACGUGAAAUUUUUUUCUAGUGUAUGUUCAUAUAGUUAUUAGUUAGCGAGCAAAAUCUCAUAAAUAACUAAAAUUUGUGUCAUUUAUAAG